CGACGUGGCAUUGGCAUUAUGCAGACAUAGGGUGUGUGAACCUCUUACGGCAUGCCACGUCAAGAAAGAAGCGUCAUUAGGAGUGAAGCAAGGGCGAAUACUUUGUUGAAAAGAGAAGCAAUAAAAAUAGAAUUGAAAAACUGGGUAGUUUUCCUCCUAUUACUAUAUAAUCAGUCACGUGCUAUAGCAUUUGAGUCGAAACCGAAAGAAAGAGAAGAAAAUGGACAAGUAUCAGAUCUGGAGCAGGAGUAUAGCGUUGGCAGCGUUCGCGUUUGCGUUUGCUCUUCUUUCCCUAUCAUCAGUAUCAGCAGACGACGUCGUUGUGCUAUCUGAAGAUAACUUCGAAAAGGAAGUUGGUCAAGAUAAAGGAGCUCUUGUUGAGUUCUACGCCCCUUGGUGUGGACACUGCAAAAAGCUUGCUCCAGAAUAUGAAAAGCUCGGUAACAGCUUCAAGAAGGCCAAAUCUGUUUUAAUUGGCAAGGUGGACUGUGAUGAGCAUAAGAGUUUGUGCAGCAAAUAUGGAGUUUCUGGAUACCCAACAAUUCAGUGGUUUCCAAAAGGAUCUCUGGAACCCAAAAAGUUUGAAGGGCCUCGCACCGCAGAAUCACUUGCCGAGUUUGUAAAUACAGAAGGAGGAACCAAUGUAAAAAUUGCUACUGCGCCAUCUAGUGUAGUGGUGCUAACACCUGAAAACUUCAACGAAGUUGUCUUGGAUGAAACCAAAGAUGUCUUGGUUGAGUUUUAUGCACCAUGGUGUGGACAUUGCAAAAGUCUUGCUCCUGUUUAUGAGAAGGUUGCCUCAGCUUUUAAAUCAGAGGACGAUGUUGUGAUUGCAAAUCUGGAUGCCGAUAAAUAUAGGGAUCUGGCUGAAAAGUAUGAUGUGAGUGGAUUUCCUACCUUGAAGUUCUUCCCCAAGAGCAAUAAAGCCGGUGAAGAUUACGGAGGUGGAAGAGACUUAGAUGAUUUUGUAGCUUUUAUCAAUGAGAAAUCUGGAACAAGUCGAGAUGCUAAAGGACAGCUUACUUCUGAGGCUGGCAUAGUAGAAAAUUUGGACGUCUUGGUAAAAGAGUUUGUAGCUGCUAGUGACGAAGAAAAGAAGACCGUCUUUGCCCGAAUGGAAGAGGAAGUUGAGAAGCUUAAGGGAUCUGCUUCAAGAUACGGGAAGAUUUACUUGAAAGCUGCCAAGAAUUACAGGGAGAAAGGUUCUGAUUAUGCUAAGAAUGAAAUCCAGCGCCUAGAGCGCAUCCUUGAAAAGUCUAUCAGCCCUGCUAAGGCCGACGAAUUCACUCUUAAGAAAAACAUCCUGUCAACGUAUGCCUGAUUUAGCAGUGCAAGUUCUACCAUCUAUCCUGGAAGCUACUGUUCCACUGCAGCUCCUUCUGAUGAUUGACAUUGAUAUCAUUGGGAGAUUUUCAAAGUGGAGACUUGUAGUACUUAAUUUGAGUCUGUUUUAAUGAUAUAUUAUACGACAAUUUGGGGCAUUGAAGAUUAUUCUUUACCCCUUUGUAGUCUACCUGAGAUCGAUUUUGGAAAGACAAUAACUUUAACAAUCCUUUUCUUUCGUUGAUUUAUGGUAUAAAUUGUUACACGA